AUGGGUCGCUUCUUAGAUGUUGCACUGCUCCUGUUUGGCUUCCAGGCCGCAGGCAUCUUCGCCCAAGCCGAACCUAAGGCCGAGGAAGAGAUCGAGAACCCUUCUACGAGCCCUGCGCUUGCUGUGACAGUCGAAGCAUCUUUCCCUGAUGCAGAGAUCUUUGGCAUCAAGCUUGUCAACGGCGAGGCGACCGAGUCAAUUCUCUCCUUUCUGAACGAAGAACCCGACCCGGUCACCAUCCAAUUCAUCGGCGGCAGCUUAUGGACCAGUGAUCCUCAAAACUCUCGCAUCGUCCGAAACUUGACCACGGCGCAGUAUGCCGUCGAGAUCCCCCCGGGCGAGAAGCAGAGUCUGCCCUACCGCUUCCAGACAAACUUGCACCCGCAAGAUCUGAGACUUAAUCUGGCCGCCGUGGUCAUGUCGCAAUCUACGUUCUACACACUCCAGGCUUUCAAUGGUACUGUUACAGUCGUCGAUCCAGAUGCGAGCAUCUUCGAUCCUCAGAUUCUCUUUUUGUACUUCUUCCUGCUGGCCGCGGCCAUUGGAGUCGGCUACUGGUUCUACGCCAUCUGGGUGGUACCAUAUUUCCCCCAGAAACGCCGUACCACCAAGAAAGCUCCUGUCAAGAAAAUCGAUGCUGCUCCUGUCACUUCUGAUACCGAAGGCCCCGCUGUUUCGACCGGUUCCAAGACAUACAAUGAGGAAUGGAUUCCUACCCACCACAUUCAGCGUCCCGAAGCUCGUAGAUUGAAGAGUGGCGGAAGACCCAAGAGUCGUGGCAGGGCUGAGUAG